AUGAGUAAUACGUCUUCGUACGAGAAGAACAAUCCCGAAAAUCUCAAGCAUAAUGGAAUCACGAUAGAUUCCGAAUACCUGACUCAGGAACCAAUAACCAUUCCUUCGAAUGGGUCCGUUGCUUCCACGGAGAAGGGUUCAGGGUCCAAAUGGAAGGACUUUAAGGACUCUUUCAAGAGAGUAGAGCCAAUCGAAGCCGACCCCAAUCUAACAGAAGCUGAGAGGGUCGCUUUCAUCACCGCUCAAACCCCAUUGAAACAUCAAUUGAAAAAUAGACAUUUGCAAAUGAUUGCCAUCGGUGGUGCUAUUGGUACUGGUCUGCUGGUUGGGUCAGGUAAAGCACUAAGGACAGGUGGUCCUGCUUCGCUUCUGAUCGGGUGGGGGUCCAUGGGUACCAUGAUUUACGCUAUGGUCAUGGCUCUGGGUGAGCUGGCCGUGGUCUUCCCCAUUUCCGGUGGGUUCACCACGUACGCCACCAGAUUUAUUGACGAAUCCUUCGGUUUUGCUGCAAACUUCAACUAUAUGUUACAAUGGUUGGUUACGCUGCCCUUGGAAAUCGUUUCUGCAUCCAUUACUGUUAACUACUGGGGUACAGACCCAAAAUACAGAGACGGGUUUGUCGCGCUGUUUUGGCUAGUCAUUGUCUGUAUUAAUAUGUUCGGUGUCAAAGGUUACGGUGAAGCAGAAUUCGUCUUUUCCAUCAUCAAGGUCAUUACAAUUAUCGGGUUCAUCAUCCUAGGUAUCAUCUUGAACUGUGGUGGUGGUCCAGAAAAGGGAUACAUUGGUGGUAAGUACUUCCAUGAUCCUGGUGCAUUUGCUGGUGACACUCCCGGCGCUAAAUUCAAGGGUGUUUGUUCCGUCUUCGUUACUGCAGCCUUUUCCUUUGCCGGUUCCGAAUUAGUUGGUCUUGCCGCUAGUGAGUCUGUGGAUCCAAGAAAAUCCGUUCCUAAGGCUGCCAAGCAAGUGUUCUGGAGAAUUACAUUGUUUUACAUUUUAUCGCUAUUGAUGAUCGGUCUUUUGGUCCCAUACAAUGACUCGCGUUUGAUCGGUGCCUCCUCCGUGGAUGCCGCUGCUUCUCCCUUUGUCAUUGCCAUUGUGACACACGGUAUUAAAGGUUUACCAAGUGUUGUUAACGUGGUUAUUUUGAUUGCAGUCUUGUCUGUCGGUAACUCUGCCAUUUUCGCAUGUUCCAGAACAUUUGUUGCCCUAGCUGAACAAGGUUUCCUACCACAAGUGUUUGCCUACGUGGAUCGUAAAGGUAGACCAUUGGUCGGGAUCAUCAUCACUUCUGCAGUUGGUCUUAUCGCAUUUGUGGCCGCUUCCAAGAAGGAAGGCGAAGUCUUUGAUUGGUUACUGGCCUUGUCUGGUUUAUCAUCACUUUUCACAUGGGGUGGUAUUUGUAUUUGUCAUAUUCGUUUCAGAAAGGCAUUAACUGCCCAAGGUAGAAGUGUGGAAGAGCUAUCAUUCAAAUCCCCUACCGGUGUUUGGGGCUCAUACUGGGGGCUGUUUAUGAUCGUUAUCAUGUUCAUUGCCCAAUUUUACGUCGCCUUGUUCCCAGUGGGCGGUUCUCCAAGUGCCGAAGGGUUUUUCGAGGCUUAUUUGUCAUUCCCACUUGUUUUCGCUAUGUACAUCGGUCACAAGAUCUACAAGAGAAACUGGAAGUUACUCAUCCCAGCCGAAGAAAUGGAUAUCGACAGUGGUAGAAGAGAAGUGGAUUUGGAAUUGCUGAAACAAGAAAUUGCAGAAGAAAAGGCAAUUUUGGCCACAAAGCCAGCAUGGUUCAGAGUCUGGAGUUUCUGGUGUUGA